GAACCAAUACGACCUGCGAUUCAUCAAGCUCAUCUCUUCACCUUUACGCACCCGUCAUCUCCCUCCACCACCUUCAGUAGACUUUGAGAUGGCCUCUCAACGGCUGGCGCUGAACUUUCAGCGAUCUCUCCGAAGUCGCAAAGCUCUUGCCUCGAUCCAGUCUCCUCUCCGACGAUACGCAAAUCCUAUCACUCCCUCGAGAACUGAGAGCACCACUCUUUCCAAUGGACUGACGAUUGCAACCGAGCAUUCACCAUGGGCUCAGACCUCAACCGUGGGAGUUUGGAUUGACGCCGGCAGCCGAGCGGAAACCGACAAAACCAAUGGCACUGCUCAUUUCCUCGAACAUCUAGCUUUCAAGGGUACCGGCCGACGAGACCAACAUCAAUUGGAGCUGGAAAUCGAGAAUAUGGGUGGCCACCUCAACGCCUACACUUCGCGUGAAAACACCGUCUACUACGCCAAAUCCUUCAACUCGGACGUUCCCAAGACGGUCGACAUCCUCGCCGACAUUCUUCAAAAUUCCAAACUCGAAGCCAAGGCCGUGGAGAGAGAACGAGAUGUGAUUCUGCGAGAACAAGAGGAGGUUGACAAGCAAUUGGAAGAGGUUGUGUUUGAUCAUCUCCACGCCACCGCAUACCAAGGUCAACCUUUGGGACGAACCAUCUUGGGACCUCGAGAGAACAUUCUCAGCAUUACCCGAGAGGAUUUGGUCGACUACAUCAAGACCAACUACACAGCCGACCGCAUCGUCCUUGUUGGAGCUGGUGGAGUGACUCACGAAGAGCUGGUUAAGCUGGCAGAGAAGCAUCUUGGUGGAUUGCAAUCAGCUCCCCCAACACCAUUUGCUGCUCAAUUGGCGGCUGAACAGAAGCGAAAGCCUGAUUUCAUCGGAUCGGAAAUCCGAAUUCGAGACGACACCAUCCCCACCGCCAACAUCGCCAUUGCAGUUGAAGGUGUCAGCUGGAAGGAUGAUGAUUACUUUACCGCAUUGGUGACUCAAGCUAUUGUUGGUAACUGGGACCGUGCUUUGGGCAACUCACCAUAUUUGGGCAGCAAACUGAGCACUUUUGUCAACGCCAACAACCUUGCCAACAGCUUCAUGAGCUUCUCCACCAGCUACAGCGACACUGGUCUGUGGGGUAUCUACCUAGUAACCGAGAACAAGACUCAAGUCGAUGAUCUCGUCCACUUUACUCUCCGAGAAUGGUCACGACUAUCCUUCUCCGUCAGUGAAGCCGAAGUCGAACGAGCCAAGGCGCAACUCAAGGCAUCCAUCCUUUUGUCACUAGACGGCACUACAGCUAUCGCAGAGGACAUUGGACGACAGAUUGUCACCACCGGCCGACGAUCAGACCCUGCUGAGAUUGAGAGAGUGAUUGGCAAGAUCACGGAGAAAGAUGUCAUGGCAUUUGCUCAGAAGAAGUUGUGGGAUCAAGAUAUUGCCAUUUCUGCUGUUGGUUCCAUUGAGGGUUUGCUCGAUUACAACAGAAUAAGAAACGACAUGAGUCGAAAUGCGGCAUAGAUGGGAUAAGUGAGAAUGGAGGGGUGGGAGUGAAGAAGAAGACCUUUUGUAUUGUACAGUGCAUCAAUCGAAAAGAAAAUGCAGAAGAUUUAUAGUAUCUCCAUUCAGUGCGAGUAGG